AUGAGGGGGGGUAGGGGGAGACAGGGGGCAAGAACACGUGUAGGAGUAAGGAGGCAGGAACUAAACCAAAGAUACGGGCAGGGGGAGUACCCAGACAGGGGAGGGCAGGGGCGAGCGAAAGACAGGUCAAGUACUAAGGCAGGAAAACAGACAAGGGGUAAGACUAAUGACGCAGACAGGGGAGGGCAGGGAGUAGAAGCCGGGAAUCCAUACAGGGGAAGGGCCAGGGACUCAGGCAGGGGGCAGGGGACAGAAACUAGAGAAGGAAUACGGGUAGGGGAUAAGACCAACAGUUUAGACAGGGGAGGGCAGAGACCAGAGACCAGGAACGCAAGCAGAAGUGGUCAAAAGAAGGCACAGACCAGGAACUCAGGCAGGGCAAGGGGCAGGGACCAGAGACCAGGAGCUAGAGCAGGAGAGGGCCAGGGCAGGGCAGGGCAAGGGGCAGGGACCAGAGACCAGGAGCUAGAGCAGGAGAGGCCAGGGCAGGGCAGGGCAGGGGUAGGGGAGGAGCCAGGGACCAGAGACCAGGAGCUAGAGCAGGCAGGGCAGGGAAGGGCAGGGCAGGGGGUAGGGGAGGAGCCAGGGACCAGAGACCAGGAGCUAGAGCAGGAGAGGGCCAGGGCAGGGCAGGGCAGGGGGCAGGGACCAGACACCAGGAGCAGGGCAGGGCAGGGGGUAGGGGAGGAGCCAGGGACCAGAGACCAGGAGCUAGAGCAGGCAGGGCAGGGAAGGGCAGGGGGCAGGGGGCAGGAAAGAGCAGAGAGAGCCUGA